AUGAAAUCAAAAGGCUCACAGGGAAAACGAGCUCAAGCACCGAUACCCAGCAACAAUGUGCUUAGUGUUAGUGAGGCCGAGUGUGAUGAUGUUGGAAUGGAUUCCUUAAGUGGGGAAGAGAUGGAAGUCGAAAUGGAUGCAAGUACGAGCAAGGUGGUUGCUAGUGAUCAUACUGGUUCAGCUUCAACUCACAUUAAUUCACCAAUGCCAAAAGGGAGGAGGCUUACAUCAAAAGUUUGGGUCCAAUUCAGGAGGAAACAGAGCAAUGUGGAGGGAUGGCCUGAUCCGUCAUUUGCAUUCAAGGCUUCAAGGCUGUUUUUUCUGUUUUUUCCCCAUUUGCAUUCUUUCUGUGCAGGGAUGGUCUGA